AUGAAUCAAGCAAGAUGCGACCAUAGUGUUGUCGAAUUAGAUGGAAAAAUUUACGCGAUUGGUGGCAUUGGUGGUAUUGGUGAGAAAAAUACUGUUCUGCAGUCAGUUGAAAGGUAUACGGAAUCCAAUGGUUGGGAGUCCGUGGCACCUUUGCUUAUAGCACGACAUGGGGCCGGUGCAGUAACUUUCAAUGGAAAAAUUUACAUAAUGGGCGGUUUCAAUGGAAAUUACUUAAAAUCCGUUGAAUGCUAUAACCCCGAUUCGAAUACUUGUACUUCCUGUGCAGAUAUGGUUUAUGAUCAUUGGUUGCCUGGUGUAGCUGUACACAAUGGUCACAUCUAUGUUGUAGGCGACUUUAAAGGUAGCUGUUGGACGUUACGAUCCUCAGCAAGACACAUGGUCUCAGAUUUGCUCUCUGAAAUAUUAUGGCUGUGGUCCUCACCCUUGCGCCUCUUUUGA